AACGGGACUUUCGACUACUGGGGCUUCGGCGUCCCUGACACCCCCCUCCCCUCGUUGCCCCUGUCCGCGCCCUCCUGAGCUGCUCGGCGCCCGGCGUCCCGCGCCCGCCUGCACAGCUCCUGUUCCCCACGCGCGGCCCAGAGGCCAAGGAAGACAGGCGAAGUGAGGGGGCGCGGCGUGGAGAAGCCGCGGGGGCCGGGAGAGGCAGCGAGCACCUAGUACCGAGCGCCAGAGAAAGCAGGAGUUUGCGGAGCGCGGCCGCGGGGGGCGGACCGCAGCGCCCGCCGCACGAUGUCGGGCCGCUGAGUGUGAGCCAAGCCGGGAGGGCCCCGAGCCACCUACUGCCCCUUCCCAUCUCCCAUUACCACAUCUUUCGGGGGCGCCCAAGCCCCUUUUCCCUGAGCUCGGCGGCAGCUCCCACGACCCCCAUCGCCUGCUGCUCCUUCCCUGCAGCCGCCACCAACCCCACGGAGGGAUGACCCUCUCCGGCGGCGGCAGCGCUAGCGACAUGUCCGGCCAGACGGUGCUGACGGCCGAGGACGUGGACAUCGAUGUGGUGGGCGAGGGCGACGACGGGCUGGAGGAGAAGGACAGCGACGCGGGCUGCGAUAGCCCUUCGGGGCCGCCAGAGCUGCGCCUGGACGAGGCGGACGAGGUGACGCCGGCAGCACCCCACCAUGGGCAGCCUCAGCCGCCGCACCAGCAGCCCCUGGCAUUGCCCAAGGAGGCGGCUGGAGCCGGGGCCGGGCCAGGGGGCGAGGCGGGUGCGUCUGAGGCCGACGGCUGCAAGGGCGGCGUUGGCGGCGAGGAGGGCGGCGGGAGCGGCGGCGGGCCUGGGUCGGGCAGCGGUGCGGCGGGCGGCCUGGCCCCGAGCAAGCCCAAGAACAGCCUGGUGAAGCCGCCCUACUCGUACAUCGCGCUCAUCACCAUGGCCAUCCUGCAGAGCCCGCAGAAGAAACUGACCCUGAGCGGCAUCUGCGAGUUCAUCAGCAACCGCUUCCCCUACUACCGGGAGAAGUUCCCCGCCUGGCAGAACAGCAUCCGCCACAACCUCUCGCUCAACGACUGUUUCGUUAAGAUCCCCCGCGAGCCGGGCAACCCGGGAAAGGGCAACUACUGGACCCUGGACCCGCAGUCCGAGGACAUGUUCGACAACGGCAGCUUCCUGCGGCGCCGGAAACGCUUCAAGCGCCACCAGCAGGAGCACCUGCGCGAGCAGACGGCGCUCAUGAUGCAGAGCUUCGGCGCCUACAGCCUGGCGGCGGCUGCGGGCGCCGCGGGGCCCUACGGCCGCCCCUACGGUCUUCACCCCGCGGCCGCAGCGGGCGCCUACUCGCACCCGGCUGCUGCGGCUGCGGCUGCCGCGGCUGCGGCGCUCCAGUACCCGUACGCGCUGCCGCCGGUGGCACCCGUGCUGCCGCCCGCCGUGCCGCUUCUGCCCUCGGGUGACCUGGGCCGCAAAGCGGCCGCCUUCGGCUCUCAGCUUGGCCCCGGCCUGCAGCUGCAGCUCAACAGCCUGGGCGCUGCCGCGGCCGCCGCGGGCACGGCGGGAGCUGCGGGCUCCACGGCGUCGCUCAUCAAGUCUGAGCCGAGCGCGCGGCCGUCGUUCAGCAUCGAGAACAUCAUUGGAGGGGGGCCCCCGGCGCCUGGGGGCUCCGCGGCGGGCGCUGGGAGCGCUGGGGUAACUGGGGGUACCGCGGGUGGCGGGAGCGGCGGCGCGGCGCAGUCUUUCCUGCGGCCGCCGGGUACCGUGCAAUCAGCAGCGCUCAUGGCCGCGCACCAGCCACUGUCGCUGAGCCGGACGACGGCCACCAUCGCGCCCAUUCUGAGCGUGCCGCUCUCUGGACAGUUCCUGCAGCCCGCAGCCUCGGCCGCCGCCGCCGCUGCCGCCGCAGCGCAAGCCAAGUGGCCCGCACAAUAGGGACGCGCAGGUGGCGGGGACGCUGGACCGGGCGGCGGCCCCCGGCGGCGGCUGCACUUCCUGGCUGGGCGCCCCGCCCCGGUCCCGGCCCCCCUGCCCAAUCCCGGACUCUGCCUUUUCUCUAUUUCCUCCCCCCGACCCCUCAACACUGACCUCCGCGGCUUCCACCCUCUUGCGCACACCUAGGUUGGGAGCAAACUCUUACUGCGUGCCCGCCGGGAAUAGCUUUCCGUACAGGUAAAACCGAAAACCUAAUUUUCCAAAAAUGUACCCUGACGGCGCCUGCUCGCAGUACCGUGGGGAUGGGAGGGAAAUUCUUUGUACAUAUUUGUAUAAAAAUUAUUGACUUUCCUUUUGGGGUUUUUAUUUUUUUAAGAAAAAAACAAAUUCAGUAGAUUUAGAGCUCUGAACUUUCAUUUUUUUUGAAGGUUCACUCUCCACAGUUUUAUGUGAGAAAUAAAUGUAUAGAGACGUUGGGAGAUUUUAAAUAUAAAAAAAAAUUUUCAAAAGGCGAGAAGUGUCAUUCUAUUAUAAAAGUCUGUUUAUAUAUGAAUGAAUAUAUAUGGUAUUCUAAAUGUUAUUCCAUCGUGUUGUACACAACUUUGUAAAUAAAUUUUUAAAAUGC